AUGUACUCGACAACGGCAACGGCACCCGUACGGGUUGCCUCGAUACUACCCAGAAAGGGCCUUCGUCUUACAGCGCUCAGAUGCUACUCAAACGCUGCUUGCACCUCUGGACUCCGAUCCGGCAGUUUCUUCCUUCAGAACAGCAACUACGCCAAAUCCCAGCAGCAGCGGACAGACAACAAGCGGGUCUUCUCAACCACGCCCCGGACACAGAUCAAGCAGUUCUUCCCUCCUCCAGAGACAGAUCAUAUCGCCGAUCUAGAAUCAUCAUGGACUCAUCCUGUUUUCACUGACACUGAUGGCCCUUUGCUCCCCAACAGGUUCACCUAUCAACAAAUGCGAGACAUCAAAAUCGCCCAUCGUGAAGCAAAGAACUGGUCUGACUGGGUAGCGCUGGGUACAGUGCGACUGUUGCGGUGGGGGAUGGACUACGUAACCGGAUAUCGGCACCCACCGGAGGGACAGGAGCACAAGCUCCCCCGCCGAUUCAUCAUGGACGAGCGGAAGUGGCUCGUUCGGUUUAUUUUCCUGGAGAGUGUGGCCGGCGUACCGGGUAUGGUGGGAGGGAUGUUGCGGCAUCUGAGAAGUUUACGGAGAAUGAAGAGAGAUAACGGAUGGAUCGAAACCCUUCUGGAAGAAGCAUACAAUGAACGCAUGCACUUGCUUUCGUUCAUGAAGCUGGCCGAACCCGGCUGGUUCAUGCGUCUCAUGGUCCUCGGCGCCCAGGGUGUCUUCUUCAACGGCUUCUUCCUCUCGUACCUCAUCUCUCCACGCACCUGCCACCGCUUCGUCGGCUACCUCGAGGAAGAGGCCGUCAUCACUUACACACGGGCCAUCCAGGAGAUCGAAGCCGGCAAGCUGCCCAAGUGGAAGACGAUGCCGGCACCCGAGAUCGCUAUCAAGUACUGGAACAUGCCGGAGGGUCACCACACGAUGGCCGACCUGAUCCUGUACGUGCGUGCAGACGAGGCCAAGCAUCGCGAGGUGAACCACACGCUGGGCAACCUGGACCCGAAUAAGGACCCGAAUCCGUACGUGGCGAAGUACAAGGACAACAACACGCCCCAUCCCAGCAAGGGGACGGAUAUAGUGAGAUCCACUGGCUGGGAGAGAGAAGAGGUGAUCUAG